AGAGCUUGGAAUGAAGCAUUUUCUCAGCCUACACCCAGCCUUCGUUCGCUUCAAUUGAGAUAUCUCAACUGCCAGGAGCCUAUCCUCCCAUUUGCACCACUCCUUGAAGAGUUAACGGUAUAUAAUUGCUCAAUCGAUCUCUGCGGCAGUCUAGAGCAAUUAAAGCUGCUCAGAAUUGACAGUAGAGCAAUGGAAAUCAGAAAUCUGGAGGUCGUUUCAAAGUCUCCCAACCUUGUGACGCUGGAGAUGUUCUAUUGCUAUCGUUUCUUCCACCUUCCUCCCCGUUUCCCAGCGCUACAGAAUCUUAUUCUUAGAGGAUCCUUGGAAACGAAGGUCAUGGAGAAUUUCUCGGCGCCUCUUUUGCGGUGUCUUUCGCUCUCUUUGGGCCCUGAGGUGGACUGCGGAGCCCUGGCAGAGUGUCGAGGAAUUGAUUUUACAAAGUUAACGACGCUACACUUGGAUUGUUCUGUGCCUGAGGACGUUUAUCCGGAGCACUCGGUCACGUGGACAAUCAUGGGCCUGAAAGGGGUCAUCGAGGCCGCAACGAAUGUACAGGUCUACUACAUCAGGGGGAUAAAAGCGCUCACCUUGUUGCUUUUAUACUUUGAAGAGACUCUGAAUUCCGGAAUUCGAACUCAGAACUGCACCUUGAAAGCGAAGUUUUAUGACAAGAAGAUAUCAAAACUGGUCGAGUCUACACUGAAUAUUCACACCGACUCAGUGGAAGCAGAUAUUCAUCGUAUACGAGAAUUCGCUCAUUUGCCUUUGGAUGAUACCUUGCAGACCUUUAUCAAAAGACUUGCUCACUACUCUGAGGCCUCACCCCAUUAG